AUGAAACGGCCUCAACGAGAAAAUUCUUCCAUGGUCGAACAGAAACGGUACGAGGAUGCACAGAAGAAUGGGGGGUCGCCUUCAGCGAGCGGUAUGGAUGCCGAAGAUUUGAGAGGCACACCCACCCCAUGGAACACGCACUACACUAGGCCGCUUAGAAGCAAUCAUACUGUAUUCCGAUUGACGGUUAACAACUUCCAGAUGGAGGAACAGAAGCGACUCUUCAUGGCAGCAUAUGAUGCGCAUAACCAACUAAUGGACGACGCUAUGAAUGGACAGGGGAUUGACCGACAUCUCUACGGCCUUCAGAAAGCAUUAGAAGUGGUGAGAAAAGAAAGUAAAACACCAGUGGAUCAACCUGCUAUUUUCACUGAUGAGGCCUACAAGAUCUCAGGCGGUGAUGGGAACUUCCUGCUGUCUACUAGUUUCAUUGGCUACAUGGGUGAGAACGACGAACUUGGCUGUUUUGGAUAUGUCACUGCUAUGCGCCCAGACGGUUAUGGCGCAUUCUACAGGAUAGGGAAGGACAGGCUACAAGUGACGAUUUCCGACUGGACUGGAUCGGAAUCCAACCUCGACGUGUACGGUGACAAUCUUGUUUGGCUACAAGUGACGAUUUCCGACUGGACUGGAUCGGAAUCCAACCUCGACGUGUACGGUGACAAUCUUGUUUGGUCUCUGACGAAACUGGCCUCUUUGUUCACUUACAAAGCCAACAUUUAA